AUGGCCGCCCUAUUCAACAGCCUCUUUGGAGGAUCCAAGCCAUCUGCGUCGCCAAUUCCGGCCGGUGACUCUGACUUUGCGGAUUUUGCGGGAGCUCCAGACCCAUCUCCCACUCCCCUCGCCGCCGUCCCCACCGUCGCCAGUUUCACUGGUGCUGGUGCCGUUCCAACUGGUAGCAGUGCUGUUCCCUUCACGAAAUGGUACAAUAUCCACGAGCGACACUCUUUGAGUGACUUCAAGCAGGAAGGCGUGAUUCUCGGUAUCCUCCUGGUCAUCAUUGCUAUCCAUCUCUACGGCACAAGCUCCAACCGAAAAAGGGCAAAGGCCUGGAUUACUGCACAUGCGCCAAUUCUUCAGAAUGAAUUCGCUCUCGUUGGAUUUGGUGGCCGAAAGGUCCCAACGGAGGAAGAGAGCGAAGGCUUGUCAAAGACAUUGGCGACGGACAGCCUCCAGCUGCCCGUAGAUCUGUUGAAAGAAAAGUCUCCCCAGGAAUUCUCAACUUAUGCGACUGGGCGACUGAAUGUUGCCUUCCUCGAUGUCAACCUGACUCUCCUCAAGCGCUACAGCCCUCUGACCCUGGCCUUCGAGUACGGCGCAAGUCUAUUCUUUGACAGCAUCCCUGCCCCAGUCGAGCGCGUUGAGGCUAUCCUGUAUCCCUUUGAUGGGAGAGAGUCUCUUACCGUCCCAGGUCAGCUUCCAGGCGCGCAUGAGCUCCGCAAGGAUAACAAGAGCAGUUAUGAUGGAUUCGUAUGGGCCAUUGUCAACAAGGAGACCAUGAAGCAGCUGCGCGGCGAGCGAUACGAUGUCUCAAUUACUUCUACCAAGGAUCACCCAAAACUUCCAAACUGGGCAACUAUCAUGAGCGAGAGCUCCGAGAUCACAGAGUUCUUGCUUACCCCCGAGCUUAUCAAAGCCGUUGAAUCCGCCGGAGAACUUUUAGACCAUAUCAUUAUCACUGACCAGCCCAUUGACCAACCUUCAAAGCUCGACGAGACCAUCCCAAAGAAGCGCCUCUACCUUUCAAUGAGACUCCCAUCUUCCGGCGAUUACACCAAUCUCCUACCCAUCUUCCAAUACUUCCUCCGCCUGACCGACACUCUCGUCCAAUCGGCUCACUUCCGACCUGAAGUUCUCCGAAAGGUCCGCACAACCCGCGACGACGCCAUCCGAAGACUACAAAAGGCAGACGAUGAGGAGAAAGCUGAAGAGAUCAAGCUCGAACGUGAGAAGGUGAAGAAGCAGAAGCGAGAUGCAGAACUGAAGGGCCUCAAUGCUAAGUCGCAAAAGAAGUAUUUGGAGAAGGAGAAGGAGAAGGAGAUGAAGAGAGCGCAGAAGAAGCAGACUCAACGUGGAUAA